AUGCAAAUCAACGUCCGAGUCAUCAUCUCUGCUCUGUCGUUGGCCAGCCUUGCAGCUGCCAACCCGGUUCCCAGAAACGAACCUACCGGUCAAUGCAAUACAGGAGAGCUACAAUGCUGCAACAGCGUUCAAGCUGCUAAUAGUAGUGGUGCCACUUCCCUCCUGGGCCCUCUCGGAAUUGUCCUCGGUGAUGUUACGGCCCUUGUUGGCAUCAACUGCAGCCCCAUCUCCGUUGUUGGUGUUGUUGGAAACUCCUGCAAUACUCAGCCUGUCUGCUGCACCGACAACAGCUUCAACGGACUUGUUUCUCUUGGGUGCACUCCCAUUAACCUCAACUUGUAA